CGGCAUGUUAUGAUGGAGGCAGUCCAUCUGCUGGACGGUGCUGUGUCCAGCGACGAGCAGAUUGCUGCAUUGAAGCGUCUCAAGAAUGAGCUAGCAGGCCACGACCAACGGAAAGAAGCGGAUAUCAGAGAUGGAUUGCUCGUGUCGCUGGUCCGCAUACUGUCUACGACGUUCAACCGACUGGAUGGACAAGGCGCCUACGAUGGGGUGACGAUGAAGCACGACGAUGAGCUUCGGCUGCAGGCAGCCCUGGUACUUGGGAUAUUGGCAAAUGGAGGCACUUCGUUCGUCAGACCAUUUAUCGCUGCUGGAGUCCCGGAUGUGCUCUCGAGCAUUCUUGAGAUCAUUGCUCCACCAAAGGUAGUGACUGCGACUUUGCAAGCUCUAAGGAAUCUCUCAGUGGCUUGGAGUGAACUCAAGGCCGCAUCAGAACCGUUACCGCAGCUUGACAUCUUCAAUGAGCACAGUAUCGAUGCAUAUCAGAUCAUCAUUACGCAACAGGAUCGCUCUGCUUCUGCGACCCAACAGCUUCGGCUGGUUGCUGAAAUCAUAACCUUCGCUGCCGAUAGCGAAGAGGUGAAGGCGAGACUCGCAUCGUCAGACGCUACAGGCGGCAUCCUCUUCGCGCUUUCGGAUCUUAUUUGCGCGUAUGCAAUUGCAGCUUUUCAUCUCGAGCCUGGCGAAUCUCCACGCGAUUUCUUGACGCCGCCACGUGCAAGCGCCAUCCCAAGCAUCAUGACUUCGAUAUGUACCAUCCUGUACGGCUCGAGCUCCCGUAUCUACGACUUCCUCGUGUGCGGAAUGUCCCUGCGACUGUUCCGUGGUUGCUCGGUGGAAACAAGCCGCACUGCCCGUGAUGGUUUCAUGGUCAUGGACGGGGAGCCUCUCUUGCCACCACUGCACGUUCCUGCUCUGGGCACGACGAGCUACAUGGGCACAUCCCGAACCUUGUCUGCCUCGGCAGCUUGGCAGCCGCCUGGCCGUCGCUAUAUGGAGGCUCGGAAGCACUCCAACGGCGUGUCUCUCCCUCCGAACUCUGCAGGCUCAGGCGAGCUGGUAUCCUCAGCAGCGUCACCAGCGCAAAUGGAAGACCCAACAAUGGUCUGUAAUCUGCUCCUGUUGAUAGCGCGUUCUACGUCAAGCUACGGUAGGCUGGUCACUCUCAAAUUGCUCGCAAUUGUCAACACAGCGACACAUCCAAACCUAGGCAUUGCUCCUGCGCGGUCCGAAUCUCUACAGAAAGUGGCGGAGCGGGUGAAGCAAAUGGCGAUGUUAGCUGUGCCACUUGCUGUUCGGCUUGUUCAGAAUGCGAGCGAAGGCAAAGGCUCGGAUGUGCACUCCAAAGAGCAGUUGGAUGCUCGCCUGGUCAAAGAAGAAGCCUGUACUGUCCUCGCGCUGCUCAUCAGCGAACACCCAUUGCUUCAGAUUGCCGCGGUAGACGCCGGAGCGAUCAAGUACGUCUGUCCGAUCCUCAAGAAGAGUUUCGAUAAUGUGGUUUUGUCCAAGCCAAUGUGGUCAGCCAAAUCACUACAUGCCCAAGAGAGCGAUGCGCCGCACAAGAGGCUUGGCAGCAGAGGCUUGCCAUCCGAGAUUUUGCACGCUAUGCGCUGUCGCCGGGGUGCGCUACAAGCGAUUGCCGCACUCGCCGACAAAGAAGAUCUUCACCGCAAAGCCAUCGUCGAGGCCGGCGUGGUGAGCUGCAUGAUUGAUUCCCUCAAGCCAUUCCCACCAGACUUUGCGCAGAAGCUAGCGGCCAACCGCCGUCAGGUGGGACCAAACGACGGCAACACCGUACCUGUCAUUCUUGCAGCGUGCGAUGCUGUGAGAACCAUGUCACGCAGUGUCAGCCUACUCCGCACCAGCCUUAUCGACGCCGGAGUCGCGAAGCCGAUCUUCCAGUUGAUGAGUCAUCAGGACCCAGAAGUGCAACUGGCGGCGACCAAUGCGUGUGUGAACUUGCUUCUUGAGUUCAGCCCGAUGCGGGACGACCUGGUCUCGGAAGGUGUGGUCUCGGUACUGACAAGGCACGCUCGGAGUAGUUCUCCAGCUCUGCGUCUAGCAAGUUUGUGGGCUCUGAAACACUUAAUGAUGAACUCACCGAAAGAGCUCAAAGUGCACACGCUCGAAGAAUUAGGUACCGGCUGGCUAGUCAGCGCCAUUCAGGGCGAGCAAAGGGAAGUCUCUACGCUGCCAGGUGGCGGUGUUGGACUGAGCACGCCGAACGCCGCUGGAGAGCAGGUAAAUUUACUAAACCCUUCUAACAUGGACGUGGAUGAUGCGCCGGGCGGGAUGAAGGACUGGGACGAUGAGGAUGAGGACGAAGAUGGUGAGGUCAUGUACGAUGAGUCGUCCAGCACGCAUUAUCAAGCCUCCCAACUCCGCUCAACCCUCAACCCGCACCCCUCAGCAUUCAAUGGGCACAAGUACCUCGCAUCGCCUCAUGAAGACGAGCAUAGUUCGGCACUCAACGCGCGGCGCGAAGACGUUGACGUGCAGGAGCAAGCACUUGACUUCUUCCGCAACUUGAUCAACGGGGAUGACUGCGCCUCCAUGUUCGAUCACCUACUGCAACAGAUCGGCAGCACGAAGAUCUUUGAGCUUCUCACUACGAAACUUGCACCUCUCCCAAACAGCGCACGUCUGACCGGCAGCAAUCGUCCAGUGCACAACUCAACUGAGAUCAUCAGCGCCGCCAUCUCCGUCGUCCAGCACAUAGCCAAUGCGGCGCCACGCCACAAGCAAAUGCUGAUAGCGCAGACACCACUACUGCAUGCCUGGAAGGCGCACUUCAACCAUCCGCAUGCGCGCAUCCGGGCACAAUGUGUCUGGGGCGUUAUUUCGUUGACUUGGAUGGAGGACGACUCGGAUCGCAAGAACUGUCGUUUGAGGGUGCAGGAACUCGCGAGCGUGGGGAUCGUGGCUAAGGUGCGCGAGUUGGCGAAUGAUAUGGAUAAUGAUGUGAAGGAGCGGGUGAAGACCGCGCUUAUGCAGAUUGACAAGCCAUGA